CCGCCGCCGCGCUGGAAGCUGCGGAUUAUAAAUAGCGGCUCAGCCGAGCGGCACACGCACGUACCGGGGGAAAGUGCCACGCAGGUCGCGCCGCCGCCGGGCAGAAACGAGAGAGGAAUGGUGCUGACUGAAAGGAAAUCUGCUCUUUCUAAUGAAAAAUAAGAGUUCUGAAGCCUCCGAAGUGGUAAUCCUGGAGUGGUGCUGGGCUCUGGAGUUCAAGAGUAAAACAGAUGUUUCAAUAAUUCUCACUGAAUUUCAGAGUGGAGAACCAGAUCCUUACCCUGAAGCUGCAUCAAAAGUAGACUGUGAAUCUUGGUCUGUGGCACUGGAAGAGGCAAACUCAAAGUUUGAGGAAUAAAAUUCAUCAGCUCUGGAGGUUGAUCAUGGAGGUCAAAGAGGAGAGAGCAUCAGAUGAAGCACAACAGUUUCUCCCUUCAUCACAAAUAGACAGUCUAGGAGAGCCACAGCUUACGAGUAUUCAGAGAAUUGCAAAUGAGCCAAAACUGGAGUUCAGUCUUGCAUGCAAGGAUCUAGUGGCUGCUACCCGUGAUCGGAAGCUGAAUACGUUUAUACAAGUCUCAGUGGUACAUCCAGCAGAGCACGUUUUGACGAGAUAUUCGAGUACUGAAAUCGUGGAGGGAACAAGAGAUCCACUGUUUCUGACUGGUGUGACAUUCCCACCGGAAUACCCCAUCUAUGAAGAGACUAAAAUAAAACUCACAGUCUAUGAUGUCAAAGAUAAAUCUCAAGACACGGUCCACACCACUCUCCUACCUGAUCACAAGGAGACAAGAGCAGAUGUUGGACGAAGCUUCCUGGGCUGUACAACUUUUACAGUAGGAGACUUGGUGAGGUCGAAGGAACAACAGUUGACCCUUACCCUCAGAACUUCUGAUGGUGGAAAGACAGUUGGUACUAUUGAAGUCAAUCUUGUGAAGAUGGGAGAGCUAGAAGAUGGGGAACCAGGACACAUCACAACAGAUUCACAGGAUCAAAAGUUCCUCUGUUUUCUGCCAUUGAAGUCCCAUUCACGUGGAUUUUUAAGUGCAGCCAGUGCCCACAAUACUGAAAACCUGGAAAGAAUGGCAGACAGGCAAUCCAAAGAAGAGGUGAACCCCCCCUUAAAAAGGGACAGAUUCAGCUGCAUUUCAAGGGAGCAUAAAAUGUGUGCAUUGGUUCGUGAGUGUACAGAACCCGAAGGUGUAAGUGGUAAAGACAACUUGCCUUCAUUAAAUGCAGUGUUAAAAAACCCAAUCUGUAAGUUGUACAGAUUUCCUACUUCUGACAACAAGUGGAUGCGAAUCCGGGAACAGAUGGCUGAGACCAUCCUCUCCUUCCAUGUUCCUAAAGAACUGAUCAAUCUGCACAUAAAGGAGGAUAUGAGAAGGAAUCAGGAACUUAAAGACUUGGGAGAACUUGCACCUCACUGGGACAAUAUGCGUAAAAGUGUUAUUGCUCACUGUGACCAGAUGUUGAGCAUGUAUCAGGAUACUCUUGCAGAGCUUGGAAAGCAUACAGGUUCUUCCUUCAAGUCAAGCUGUAGCAAAGGAGAAAAAACAUUAGAAUUCAUCCCAAUAAAUCUCCAUCUGCAGAGAAUGCAUGUGCAUGGUCCUCGAUUGAAAGAUGCUCAGUAUGAUGUAAUCACUGUGGGAGCCCCGGCAGCACAUUUCCAGGGAUUUAAGAAUGGUGGUCUCCGAAAACUGCUGAGUAAAUUUGAGGCAGAAAGGCGAAAUACUGGAUACCAGUGUAUUUACUAUUCACCUGAAAAUACAGCUAAAGCAAAAGAAGUUCUCAGCAACAUCAAUCAUCUACAACCUCUCAUAUCAAGCCAUGCAGACCUUCUGCUUAAUUCUGCAAGCCAGCGUUCUCCAGACAGCUUGAAAAACUCUUUAAAGAUGCUUUCAGAAAAAACAGAGUUGUUUGUGCAUGCAUUUAAGGAUCAGCUGGUCAGAAGUGCCCUUUUAGCACUAUAUACAGCCCGACCUGGCUGUGUCCUCAAGAAACCAGCUGUGCCUAGAAACAGUGCAGAAGAGGGGGAUGACCUAAAGCAUCAGGAUCAUCCAUCUCAGGUUAAAAGACAGGACUCUAUACCCCAUCAUUCUGAGUAUGAUGAGGAAGAGUGGGACAGGGUGUGGGCCAAUGUGGGGAAGAGUUUAAACUGUGUUAUUGCCAUGGUGGACAAACUACUUGAAAAAGACAACAGCAGCAACAUUAAAGAAGGUGAAAUUGACCCUUCAGCCGCAGAUUGCAAGCAUGCAGGCAGUGACUGGUAUGAGCAGCUUUAUCCCCUGGUGAUUACACUGAAGGAUUGCAUGGGAGAGGUGGUCACUAGGGCAAAGCAGUCCAUGGCGUUUGUUCUGCUCCAGGAGCUUGCCUGUGGUUUGCCACAAUGUUUGAUGCUGACCCUAAGGAGAGACAUUGUCUUUAGUCAAGCACUUGCUGGAUUGGUCUGUGGGUUUAUAAUCAAGCUGCACACAUGUUUACAUGAUCAAGGAUUUUUACAACAGCUUCAUACUGUUGGAUUACUUGUGCAAUAUGAAGGACUCCUAAGCACAUAUAGUGAAGAAGCAGGGAUGCUCGAAGACAUGGCUGUGGGAAUUUCAGAUCUGCAGAAAGUAAUGUUUAAAGUCAUUGAAGCCAAAUCAGAAGACUUUUUGCCUAUUAUAACUGGGAGGCGUGAACAUUAUGUCAUAGAGGUCCAGCUUCCAGCAAAGAUGUUUGAGUUGCUACCACAGGAGAUUAAAGAAGGAAAGCUACUACGCAUGUAUCCAGUACUCUUUAAUGUUGGAAUCAAUGAACAGCAAACACUUGCAGAGAGGUUUGGAGAUACCACUUUGCAAGAAAACAUUAAUCAAGAAAACUUAGAACUUCUAAAAGAAUAUUACAAUCUGUUUACGGAAAAAAUGCCUCCUGAUUGUCUACCACAUUUUCAAGAACAAAAUGAUUUAAAGGGAUUGCUAGAAAAUCUUCAUCAAAAUAUCCAGGCCAAAAAAAGGAAGAAUGUAGAAAUCAUGUGGCUGGCUGCAACGAUUUGCCGUAAGCUGAAUGGAGUCCGCUUCACCUGUUGCAAAAGUGCCAAAGACCGGACAUCCAUGUCAGUGACAUUGGAGCAGUGCUCCAUCUUGAGGGACGAGCAUCAGCUUCACAAAGACUUCUUUAUUCGGGCACUGGAUUGUAUGAGAAGAGAAGGAUGCCGCAUAGAGAAUGUACUGAAGAAUGUCAAAUGCAGAAAGUAUGCAUUCAACAUGAUACAGCUGAUGGCUUUCCCAAAGUACUACAGACCUCCAGAAGGGACAUAUGGAAAAACUGACACCUAAGUUUAACAAAAAUGUAAUCAGGAACAUAUACCAUGCUAAUUAGUGAAUAUAAAAAUUGCUGUUUAUGACUUAAUAAUUUGGAAUGUGUAACCAGUUGAGGUGUUAUUUUAUGAGGUUUAACAUUUUAAAAGUAACAACAGUUAGUCAUCAUGAAAUAAAAUACUGGUGAUUUAGAUAUUCUCAAAACCAAAUACAUUCAACUUAUCUUUGUGAACUUGAAGCUCAGCAUGACUCAACAACAAGUGGGAAUUAGGUCUUGGGGCAGCUUGAUGGAAGAUUAAAAAGGGAAAUGUCAUUUGCAGUAGGAACUGAUGUUAUCAGUCUGUAGGGGAACAUUCUGACUCUGAACCAAAGCCUGAGAUGCGAAUUAAGGGAUCUCUUCCUGCCAGAAAUGAUGUUUUCUGGUACUGGCAAAGCACUGAGGUCAUGAUCAGUAAUAAUUAAAUCCUCCAUGGAUUUUUUCAUGAAAGACGCAACUCUUAAUACCUAGGCUAAAUACUAUGUUGGUUAUUACGUUUGUCUUCUUUAUUAUAAGCAUGGGAACUUCACAAUAUAUUUUUAGUAAUUACUACCUGUAAUUUUGGUAAUUGAGUUCUGGUUUAUUGCAGUUCAUUCGGAUGUAUCUUUCUUGGCUUUCUGAACCUGAGCCAAAUACAAACUUGUUUCACUUAAUCUUGCACAUAAAUGACACUGAAAUCAGAGGGAUUGGCCGUGCUAGGCAGGGGGGUUGGAACUACAUGAUCCUUGAGGUCCCUUCCAACCUGGGUCAUUCUGUGAUUCUGUGGAUUAGUUCUUCAACUAAGGCAACUUAUAUCUAACCUGCCAUGUUCCUGUUCACAGUAAAACCUUAAAACUAAAUUUUCCUCAACAACAGGUAAAAUGACUUGUAUAUAUGGGCAUUAAUAUAUUGUUUGCCUAUAGAAAUGUGUUUUUAUCAAGUCUGAGAGAAAUGUUAUGAUUACAGUAACCUCUUGUAUUAGGACUAGUUAGCUUUUGCAGCUGAUUUAUAAGAAAUUUGCAAUGCUGCAUGUAGAUGCUGUAGGAUAAAGAACAACUACGAGCUUUAAAAGUGAAUGUUAAUGCAUCUGCCAACUUGUGUUAGUCUUGAAAUGUGUUUUGCAAAUAAUGUUUGUGUUUUCUAAUUUUCUCUAUUUUUCUCUAUUUAUUGCAUUCUUCUGCCCCGCCCCCUCCCCCCCCAAGAGAAAUACAGUUAACAAAAAGCAGGUGUCCACUGGUUACUAACCUUAGUGUGAUGUGUUUAUUUUAAGAAAACAGUAUCUAGAGCAGAAGUGUAAGGAUUCUACCCAAAUUAAACUGCACUGGAAAUCUGAGUAUUGGUAGGAAAUUGUUGCUAUGGAUAAAGUGAUAAAUGUUUGCUUGCUUCUAUGGAAGUCCAAGAUCUUGAUGCAUAGUGAAUUACAAUUUGGUCUUUCACAUCUGUUAAGACCUGUUACUGGGUAUAAAUCCGUAACUGUACUAGUAAAAAAAUACUUGCUUAAGCACCUGAUUGUUCAAGAUCUAUUUGGUAGGUUACGUAGAAAUUAUCUAUUGUGCAUAGAAUUAAACCCCUUUUGUAUAUUUUCAAGAUGAGGCUUUGGAACGUGUAGAAGUAUGUCAGGAUGGGAUCUUCAUUUUAAUGCACUGACUUCAGUGAAGCCAAGAAUUCACCUACACAACAUAUUUUCCUAAUCGGAGCAUUUUUUCUAAGUGAAGUAGUUUGUUCAAAAAGGACUUCUGUACAGUUGUUGUCUAUUCAUAUUAAGUCUCCGUUAGAAUAUUGUUUCAUGAAUGACUUCUUUCCUCUUCUAGAAUGUACUGUACAACAGUAGGUGCCAGAAGAGCUAUCAGUGCAUUAUAGGCAGAUGAUAAUACAAUGCUAUGACUUUUCCUGUCAUGUACCAGUAGGCACUACUCGGUGCAUGGGUAGAUGUGCGGAUAAAAUUGUGUGCAUUUAAAUAUUACACAGCUGGUCUGCACAAAAUUUUAUUUGCAGGUUUAUGGAGCAUAAAUAUUCCUAGGAAAGUACUGUUCUGUUCUGUCAGUCUGACUGCUACUCUAUACCUCACUCCAUUCCAGCUGUGUUUAUUACUAACUUACAGAAACAUUACAUGUACAGCAGAGAAAAAGCGGUAACUUCUUUAGGCACCUCUGAAAUAAUCCCAGUGACACACAGUACAAAUGAUGGCCUUCCUAAAGAGAUUCUGAAACUGCCUGUGAAAUUCUAGGCAAAGACAGUAUUCACUUGUGGGUACUUUUGUUUCUUACAGUUCUUUAUCUCAGCCCCAUGGGAAUUCUGUCAAAUUCAAAAUAUGAAAAACUAUAGAUUUCUUUUUUAUUAAGAAAACAGUCUUUCAAGAUCUUGCCUCGGCAUUUAAUCUUGCUAGAGUUCUAAAUUGUUUUGACUAUAACGUUACCUUUAUAUUUAAAAUGUUUUCAUCAAUGAAGCCAAAAACCUGAACAUUGCAGUUCUUUUUAUGGUAAUGUUGCACACGCAACAUGCUUCACUGGGCUUGGCCCAUUACAGAAGAGCAGGUUGGGUUUUGAUUUGAAUAAGGCUGAACUUUUUCAUGCCUGUGUUUUCACUGAAAUGUCGUGUUGUAGGUCGGUCACUAAGACUAUUUUAAAACCUGACACAAUUCCAAGCAUCCUGGAAGAGCUUUAUUGCUUCUGUUCUGAAGGAGGCUCAACUACGUUUUGUCGUUGCCUGCCAUGUGUCUGCAGCAGUUUAGUCAGUCAGUCUGUCUUGUCAAAACAGAGUUGUCAGUUAAUCAUGGAUUCACAACUUGUGUUUUUCUGGUUUGUCUUUUAUAAAGAAACAAAGAUCUUCUUGCUACAGGUUGACAGUUUAAUUGAAGUAUAUUCACUCUGUAGAGAAGACAUUUUAAGUCAUGUCUGUCUCUUGAAUGCUCAACAGAGGAGCUGAAUCAUCCCAAGGUUUACCUUACAUGAAUCCUUGUAUAUCAAUGAAUUAUGCAGAAGCAGAAUUCAGCAAAUAAAUUUUCAUUAGAAAGCUGCACUGUUUGCACAGAGUUAAGGGAAACAUGCUCAUUUAACAGCAUAUGUAUGGGAAGUGUUCCAUAUCUGCUUGACUUAAAAUUAAAAUACUUAUUUCUCAUAGAUGAUUAUAUUACUGUUAGAAUUAAUACCGAACGUGUAUAGGCUUGACAUGAUUAUGCAGUCAGAUCUUCUUGCUUCUGAAGUCUUCUUUUGAGGAAUUUUUAAUAUGUUUUUAUUACAGUUUAUACUUCAGCUUUUAUGGAGCAAUUAGGAAACAAGUUUUUAAUUGUUACCUGAUUUUGCUGUUGUGUAUUUGUGCAUUUUAGUGGAAUACAGAAAAAUAGAUGUGUUAAGAGGAACAAAAUAUAUAACAGGAUAGCUGAAAGAGACAAAGUGUUACCUGGGAAAGAGCCUUAAUGUUGCUAAGAACUAACAAUUCUUAGUUUUUGUACUGUUCAAAUUUUGGCAUUUUUCUUAGUAAAAUAAGGAAAUUAAUACUUUGUCUAAAACAAUCAAUCAGGGUUAAAGUUCACUGGUUGUAAGUGAUCUAAAGUCUACUGGUAUUUUAAAUAAUCACUAAGAAUUUAGGUACAAAGUGGAAUGUUUUAAUUAGAAGCUCUCUGCAUAUUAUGCCUAUUUUGACUUCCUGAAAAUAAGCUUAUUCUUAUUUGUAUUUUUAUCACAAGUUCCACGAAAUGCUAUGGCCAAUUUAUGAAGAGCGGGAAAUGCACUUAACAACAACAGGUAGAAGAUAUAAAUUGCAUUAAAAACUGUGCAGCAAAAUUACUUGUGUGAAUUAAUAUUUGUAAUCAAUUAAUAGACUUAAACGUAUAUUGUGUGAGUUGGCUAUGUUAUAAACUUGAAACAAUGAUAUCUUUGUAUUUAUGCUUUGUUAUUGUAAAAGGGAAACGUUCUGUACAGGCAAUGCCAUGAGACAUGAAUUUGCUUCUUACCUGUCACUUAUUUGNUAAGAAGAUAUGUUUGCAUUCAAAAUGCAUUAACUAAAUUUACAACUUUUUAAAACACAAUCUUAGCUUGUAAAUUGGACAUUAAAAAGCAAAAACUCACAGAACUGCAUUUAAAAACAAGCAAACCAAAACCAGACUUCAGUCUCCAGAAUGUUGAAGUUUUUCCUUACUCAUGCAACCUGUGAACUGCUGUGGUGCUCGAGCGUUCAGCUUAUGCUCUGCUGCAUUCAAGUGCUUCAUUCUCUUAUUGUCAUCUGAAUAAGUAACAUGCCACAACAGUAAAUUUCAGCAUAAUACUUAUGAUUCAAGGUGAAAAUUUUUGAUUUGCUCAAGAAGGAGAAAAAGUAGCAAUUUAAUAAUUCAGAAUUAAAUAAUAAUAAUAAUUAAAAAAUAGAAGAAAUUUGUUAACCAAUGUACCCAUAUUCCAAAGAGCAGAAGCAGAAAACAUGGGAUUUGUGUGCUAACAGGGAAUAAGAUUCAUGAUAGAAAUCUGAGUGUAAUACCUGAGUGCUCAGAAUCCAGGGUUUGGAAUGGUGAGAUUUGGGGCAGUGCUGCUUGAAGUUGGAUUUCCAACUGCAGUGUUCUGUAUUCUUUCCAUCUGUCUUGCAAAGGGCUUUAAAAGUUUGUAGCAACUCUGUUUUGUUUAUGAAGUGUCCAGCUUCAAAUUUUCUAAAAUCCCAAGUUAUUUUGAUACCUGUUUUCAUUUGGUGUAGCUGUUCCUUGUAAUGUUCACCUCUCACACUCUCGUGCACAUGGGGCUCAUGAUGGCAUUAGCAGGACUUCAGUCCAGGUUGUGUGCAUGUGUUCAGAGAAAUAAAGCACAACUAAGCAAUUCAAUCCUCUUUAUACAUCAGGAUUUAGCAUUUUUGUUUCAUUGCUGUCUGUAAGCCAUGCUCAUUGUACACUGUGUGUAUAUUUUUAUUUAAAUAAAUGUGAUAUUUAUUUUUUAUGUUUCUGA